GCAUUCGUCUGCUUUCCAGUGCAGUACCUAGGAGGCUGCAACUGAAACUUGCACUGUGGUAUCCUGAGCCGUCCCCCCUCCGACCGCGGCUGGGACGAGCGUUCUACCUGGUUUAUAUAGCCUUGCUGCGGAAUAAGCAUAUUAGCAAGGCCUCGAUGUUAGCAGACAACGGGAAUAAAUCAUUUCAUUCAAGGCCCUAAAUAGGUACAAUUUCAUUUAUUUCACGUGUUACCAAAGCUGAUACCAAGCCAAGGCCGUAUUUUAGGGCCUAUUAUUGACUAAUUCACCAAGACAAUAGAUUGUUUUGGACAAGUUCCGGACAAGAUCUUGGUUUCGGAGUCCUUCGGACAUACCUAUAUUUCUUUCAUUUUAUUAUCUUUUUCAGUAUUUUCUACCGUGUUGCGGUCAGAUGAUAAUGAUAACACCACGCCGCCGAUGUUUCACUCAAUUUUUGUUCUACAGAGCUGGCUGACAGACCACGGAUGACUCGGCUGCCAAGAAUAGGGACUAUGAACAGCUGUGAGCUCGACACCGCCACUCCGAGCCUGUGACAGCCUGUCAUCUGCGUGGUGAUCAGCACUGCAGCGAACGUCACUGAGGGGAAGCUGUGGAGCUGUAGACGGACCCGGACCGACCUCUGCACGGUCACCCAGGACGGUGCAAUGAGGCAGUGCGGCGGCGGCCCGAUGUGACAGAGGUUCUGCGGUGAACGGGGGGCAUUGGGGAGUUCAGUUCGCCGGACAGUACCAGGGCAGUGUCCAGGUGCUUGGGGACAGUGCAGUGAUUGGACAAAGCGAAACUGGUGGCGACUGGUGGCCCCCCUGCCGACCCGGCCCAGUGUCCUGUCGGCGGCGAUGCGGCGGCGCUGGGUGGGCGGAGCGGCGCCGGCGGUGCCAUGAGCGCCGAUAGCCGCUCUCAGCUCCAACUCCAGCCCGCCGUCGACUCGUACCGCCAGCGCAAGAAGAGCGACUCGCUCAGCGGAUUGUCACUGCGCUUCGACGCCAGCUUUGGUAGUGGCGCAGUACGCCCGCUCACGUGCCGUUACGGGCUCAGUCGAGGUUCUUCUCAACAGGAAGCACCAUCGCAGCCACCGUCAGCGCCGAGUACUUCGGACUCUUCUGUCGCCAAGUCUCCGCUCGGACUGGCUUCCAGCUCUUACGACAACUGGGACAUCGUGCGCGUCGCUGAGCACCGCUUCACUCGCAAGGAGGCGACGGGGCACGCUCUGGACGACGCUCGCCAUGCACUCAGCGAGACGUUUACAUUCGGAUCCCGUCAGGUAGCGCCAGCGGUACCCUCUCUGACAGAUUCAUGGCACCGUUCUCCGACCAGCACCAGCCACCAAGACACCGCUGCCACUGACGGGAUGCGUCGCGCGACUGGUGACCGAAAGCUGCGUCCGACGCGACCUCAUGGCCCACCGAGUGCCAUGAUGAUCCGCGGCCAUGCUGUUGGGCCGCAAGUCGCAGCGCGCAAUCCUUUCGACAAACAGCCGGCUGACUCCGGUCGUCACGGCGCGGUCGAAGAUGGGGCCAAUCGCGAAGUGCUCAAACUCUCCCAGGAAGAGCGUGAGCGACAGCGCAUCAGAGCCACUAUGGCCAGUAUGCGGACUGAGAUGAUGGGAACUGGAGCCACGGAUGAUCCGUCGCUCGGUACUCGCUCCUCUGGGCUGAUAGAGGAGGCAGCGAGCCGCGGAGCACGCAUCCGACAAUCGCGCGAGCUGCGCAUCACGGGAGGUGUACAGUCCACCAGCGAUACAUGGGGGCCGCGUCAACCAGCGCCACCGAGGCGCGGCAGUGCGAUGCAGGGCCCGCCCCCGGUCUCUUCACACGAGCUGUUUGCGCGCACCGAGACCCGCGCGGUGCGUCCGGCGGCUUCUGCCCAGCCGGUGACCCAAAGUGCCUUAGGGUUUGACACAUGGACGGUGAGACGCUCGUCGCUGACGUUCGGUGGGGAGCAGCAGUCGGAGUCGGCCCCUACGGCCCCGCAGAACGAUCAGCGCCACAUGUUCGGCGACCUGGAAAUUGUUGACGACGAUACGAUGGGGGAACUCGUGUCCGACUUUGCGACAAUGGGCGGCAAGGGGUCGGUAUCGACUCGGUCACCAGUGAAGGGAACACCAAUCACCGAGCAGGAGGGGUGCAGGCUGAAAGAGCUCAUGCUGGGUUCCACAGCAAUGAGCUUCAGCCCGGAAUGGACAAAGCAGAACUUGUCAUUCAACAAGACAGAAAACAUCACAUACGGAAUUGUCCAAUAUAAGGGCGGUCCGUGCGGCGUGCUGGCCGUGCUGCAGGCGUACGUGAUGAAGGUGCUGCUGUUCGGCUCCCAGCUGUGCUCCGUACCGCCAGCCUCGGACGCCCACCGGCCCUCCAGCGACGAGCAGGGCGCCGCCCUGACCGCCGCCAUCACAGAGAUCCUGUGGAAGUGCGGACACGGCGAGGCUACUGUUGCAUUGUCGUCGGGCCGGAGUCAGUUCCCGGGCGGCGGCCGGUACCGGGCGGACGGUAUCACGGAGACGCUGCAGCUGCACCGGGUGUCGGCCGUGGCCCCGCUGCUGGCCUACGUGCGCGACCAGCGGCGCCAGUUCGCCGCCGACGCCGGCUGUGUGCUGCUCACCUACUCGGCCGUCCUCUCACGCGGCAUCGACAGCGUUAAACGGGACAUGGACGUGGCCACCAAUACGGUGAUCGGUCGGCACGGCUACUGCACCCAGGAGCUGGUGAACCUGCUGCUCACCGGCACCGCCUCGUCCAACGUGUUCGACGGCACCGUCCGGCUCGGCGAGGGUGCCGACGUCACCGUCCUGCGCGGCGUCGACCAGCGCAGCGAGAUCGGCCUCCUCUCCCUCUUCGAGCACUACAAGUCCUGCGAGGUGGGCUCCCACCUGAAGUCGCCGCAGCUGCCGAUCUGGGUGAUACUCAGCGAGUCCCACUUCACGUGCCUUUUCUCCGGCGACCGACGGCUGUGUCAGCAGCCGCCCGAGGCCGGCCGGUUCGACCUAUUCUACUACGACAUGCUGGCCAGGCAGGACGACGAGAUCCGGCUCACCGUAGAGUACGGCGGUGACCCAUCGGCCGAGUUACCGGCCGUGCGGCCCGGUGAGCUGGUGCCCCCGCUGGAGCACUGCCUGCGCACCCGCUGGCCGGCGGCUAAGGUCAGCUGGAACGGCUACGAGCCCAUUCUCUGAACCGGCCGGCCGGCCCGACUCGCCUCUGACCUGCGGAUCGCUGUCCCGUGCCUCACGCCAGACCGGUAUGGUGCCAGUGGACACAGUUUUCUGCACUCGUUUUAAUGUGCUGCUGUUCGGGUGGCCUUCGAAAGCCAUCCUGAUAUAACACGCGUUAGGGAUCACGUGGCUGGCAUUGGCCACUAUGUCCCGUAUGAUCUGUACAAUCUCUAUUACCGCUGUUUACAGUGGUUGCAAGUGAAUCACCGAAGGUGCUAGAACCGCUCACUCUUCUAGUCUUAAUCUGUCGAUAUGAAUAGUCAUGUUAUUCGCGACUCUACUGUAAUUCUAUCGAUCCCUGGGACUCUGCUUCUCCGACUACGCCGGUAGUCUCCACUGCUACUGGAAUGAAGAUGUAGCGGUCUGCAAGACUCCAGAGACAAGACCAGUGACAUCAUCGGACUGGUCGAUCGAUCCCUUAGUAGACGAACUCUGAAGCCGCGCUCUACUCUCUAGUCUAUCCCGGGCCUCUUCCUUCGGGGCGCCACAGUCAUCGUUUUGAUAAUGACGUUACUUCGUUCAUGGUGCUUAUUGUAACAACUGGGUAUAGGUUUUUCUACUGGAACAAGAUACCAAGCCAAAGAGCAAUUGUUAUUACGCUGAGAUAUUGAAGAUGAAAGCGAGGCCUAAUGAAACAAUAGUGACAACUUGCACAAGAUUACGUUACAAAUUAAUUCCAAAGACAAAUACCACGCUGAUUUUUUGAUGCCCUACCUCAUUCUGAUUGAGGUAGGCGGCAGCUCAGAUGUAUGUCGCUCAAAAACUGCUGUCUGGGCGGUUGUGCCUUUGCACUCGAGUUUUACACCGUUAGGUAUGGGCAGGAGCAUCCUCUAAUCACAUGACCUCAGAGACACAAUAUAAGACGUUUAAAGCGAAUGCGUCGUGUUUUAUGCCCCUUCAUGUCAUCAAAGCAUGAAUUACGAUGCCAGCACAUAGUUAGUAGCUUAUAGCUAACCGGGGGACCUCAACGCUGGACAUCCCAGCAACUGGUGAGGGGGAGUAGUGCUUACAUUGCGGGUUACCAGUGUUUGGCUUUCCAUUCCGUGUAUUUCCGCUCCACGAAACAAUAUCAUCGACUCAUAUUCAGUUUAUCCCCGGAUGAUGCAUCCCAUAACAAAAUUUGCAAAGUCACUGACAUGAACUCGACAUACCACAUGUUAAGCACGAACAAAGCCUAACCCAUCGUGUCGCUUUAAGUGAACACAUCUCUAGGCACAUCGCCGAUCACGACACAAAUCACACUCGAAAUCACAAAUCAGCGUCCAAAACAGACUUUUCUCGACGAAGGCAACCUCACACUUAUGGCGAGUGUCGAAGCAACACGGGGAGUUUCGAGCGGAGACCGAAUCAUGGGGAGCCGGGCCGCGGCGCGCUUCAGUCGGUGUCGUGCAGAUGGCUGGUGAUCCAGUCGAGAUAUUCGCUGACUCUUGUGUAGACUCCGGGCACUCUGGCGUCGGCACAUUUGUACCCGAACGACACGACACCGAUCGUGUAGAAGUACGGUCCCGACGGCGACGGGAACAUCAUCGGACCGCCGCUGUCGCCCUGUCGAACAGAAUGCGUGCAAACAACAUUAUUCAAAAGAAACUGAAGAGCAGAAUGAAAAAAAAAAAUAACAAUGUAGCGGAGUAGCAAAUGAUAGUCAGCAGCGGACAGGGAGCGGCAUGCGGACAGACCCAUUGAUUGUCUUACCUGGCACGAGUCUUUCCCGGGGCUCCUGGCGCAGAGCACCUUGUCGGUAAUGGUGAUCUGCCUGAAGCGCGUGUAGCGCCGUGAGCAGGCCUUUUUCCUCAUGACCCGCACCUGGGUGUGCAGCAGUUUGGCGCUGGCGGAACCCCCUGAAGAAAAGGCGUACACGUUUCAGCGUCAUAUCUUGAAAAAUCGCGUCGGUGUCUGUGCUAAACGGCUUUUGCGUGUCAUCGGGUAUCCCAUAGAGCUCGCUUUGAUUGUGUGACUUGUUUGAUUGUUCAAUCGUUUUACCAAAGACAAAUGAUAUAUGUUUGAACGUUGA